AUGACUAAUAUCGAUUCCAAAAUACCAACAAAUCUUUCGCAGCAACAACAUCAAAGAAUUUCGAAGACAAAGCCAAGAAAACAGAAAAGUAAAGUCAAGAUACAGACGGAUCCCACGCAUCCAAGGCAUGUCAGUACCACUAACACGCUAAACAGUUCAAUGUCGCCUUCCCAACAUAGUGGCUCUACCGGUGAGAUUCCUAUCUUCGAUCUAAAUCUAGCCGUUUCUGAUGCAAUGGCUAAUAACUCAAGGCAACUACUGUACUCACAUAUUUAUCACUAUUUGUUGGAGAACAAACAUUAUAAAACAGCAAAGAAGUUUUUACAAGAAGCUCAAUUACCACUUUCGGCAGUAGAUGGUAGUAGUACCGUUUCAAAUAAAAAUAGUGGUAAUAACACCCUGAAUUCACAAUCUUUAAAACCAGAUCAUCUAGUGAAAUCUAAAAUGAUCAUAAACUCACCAGAUACUUUUCUAGUAGAAUGGUGGCAAUCGUUCCUUUUGUUAAAUAAUUUUGUUGAAAGUUGCUCCAUUGAUGAAUUGAAAAAAUACGAAAAUCCAAAACUGGAUAAUAUUUACCCUAUAUUACCCAAUAAUAUUCCUAUGCAUCCACAGAUGAAUCCUCAAUUCCCUUAUAAUCCAAAUAGCAAUCUCAAUCCAUAUGCAAAUAUGCCUUAUAAUACUAAUAAUAUGAAACCUUCUUCAGCACCCACAACUAAUACCACCAACCCCAGUAUAAACAACAAUAACCCCAUGGAAAAGGAUACGGACAGUAGUCGUGUAUCUACACCAAUGGUACCUGUUUCAUCAGGAAUUAGGAUGACACCAUCAACGGCGCCCGGUAGCGCCACUACUGAAAGGAAGAAUACAAUUGGAGGAGGAGCCAGUGUACAACCAACACCACAACAACUACAAGCUAUGUUACAACAACAAAUUAUGUCCGCUCAAAUGGCGAAUAUGAUGUCAUCUCAGCAAAGCCAAGUACAUCCUCCUAAUAACAACCAGAUGUAUCCGAACAUGCCUCAGGGGGUUCCUAACAGUUCUAGUGUUGAUCAUCGUAAUAUGGCCAUGCCAGGAAAUGAUUCUUUAAAUAGAAGCAGUGUGGUGAACACCGCAAACGUUAAUAAUGGGCAGUUUGCAAAUAUCAACCAAGCACAAUUCAAUGGACAACAGAUGGCAAAUGUAAUGAAAAACAACUAUCCAAAUUUCUCUAAUAAUAUGGGAAAUAUGGGUACACAAUCGCAGCAACAAUACAUGACAAUGUUGAAAAAUAUGAUGAACAAAAACUCCAAUUCAAUGCAUAAUAUUCCUGCCGAUGUUAAAAACAUCAAGAGGAGAAGUACAUCAAAUAAGCCAAAUUCAAGUUGGGCUAAUAAUAGUAAUAACACAAAAUCAGCUAUUGGUGGUGAUAGAGACAAGGCAACUAGUGUCGCACAUUUCAACGAAAACAUGCUACGCGCUAAUAAUGGUGAACAUAAAAUAAUAAAUAAUAAUACUAGUGUCAAUAAUAAUAAUGAAAAUAAUCGCAAUGAUGAUGAAAAUGGUAUCGUAAAUGUUAACAAUGAUGAUAAUAUCCAUAUGAUGAAUAAUGACCUAGAUUUUCAGUUGUUAAAUCUGCAAAUGUUAAACCAGUCCAGGCCAGGUUCUGAGAUGCAGUUUGGUAACCUUGCUGCAGAGAAAGGGAGUACAGACAUUGGGACAGGUACCAAUAACGUAUUCGACGGUAUAUGA